GGGUGAGUCAAACAUCCUUGGAGUUUCUGUAGGCGAUAGUUUCUUGAUCAGCCUCAUUGGGCUCGGUGCGCUUUCCAAGCCCCCUGUGCACAUGUGACACUUCCUCCCCCAGUUGAUCAGGACAGUGCCAAUCCUUUUCUGACAUUUUUGCUUUGAGGGCAUAACGUAGGUAUCCAAUCUUACCAGCCUGCUAGAGCUGCCGGCAGUGCUAUCACUAUUGACGUCGCCACAAAAUAUGGCGGACAUACCAUCAGCUCCUCCUGUGGUGCAAGCGGAGGAAAUCUCGACUACUGCAGAGGUCAAGACACCCCUUCCGGACCCGCCAGCCACUUUGUCUGCUGAGGCUGCUCCUAUUGUGGAGGAAAACCUUCCCCUGCGGGAAGACUUCAUCCAGAAUGCUGUCAAGUUUCUCUCUCACCCUAAGGUUCAGGGCUCUCCCGUCCAGUACCGGCGAUCCUUCCUGGAAAAGAAAGGUCUCAACAGUGCUGAAAUCACUGAGGCUUUUCGGCGGGUUCCGGACACGGCAACUGCCCCCCCCGCACCCCUCCCUGCCACCACCACAGUGACCACCACCACCACCAGCCCGGCCCCACCUGCCCCGACCGCAUCCCCAGUGGCUGUACCCCCCCGGCCAGCUGCGGUCUUGCGAAAGCCCUGGGAACAGACUGCUCAGCCAGCAAGUGCCUAUCCUGCCGCCGGUCAGCAGGUUGCGGCGGCCCCCCAGGCUCAAGUUGCACCGCGGCAGGGCGUGCGAUGGACGCAGAUGGUGCUGGCACUGGGGGUGCUCUCUGCCGCGGGAGCGGGGACUGUCAUAGUCACCAAGCAAUACCUGGUCCCCCGCUUGCGCGCCUGGCUCCGCCGCUGGCUGCUGGACAUCAGCGAAGAGGUAGGGGGCGUCCGCAAGCUCACUCCCGUGGAGGAGGCCGCCAAUGCCGCCGCCGCAGCCGCCAGUGCUGCAGCAGAGGCGACAAAGAUCAUGAAGGAGGCCAGGGAGGAAGUCAAGGAAGUCAGCGCAGAAGGGGACCGGAAGCUGGAGGCCAUCCUGGGUGCAUUCCAGGCCCAGACGCGUGAGCUGACGGCCACUCUGGGCAGCCUGAAGGGGGCACUGGAGGAGCGCGAGGAGGCCCGCAAGGAGGCGCUCAUCUUGGGGACGGCCAGUCACCCCGAGGGCGCGCCUCCGGUGAGCCUGCCAGACCUGCGCAAGGAACUCCUCAAGUUUACCAGCGUGAUGACGGGGUUCACCGGCACCCCCCCUGCGAAUGAGGCCGCGGCGGCGGGUCUCUCUGGGGCGGACGUGUCGGAGCUGAAGGCCUUGGUACUGGAGCGCCGCGCCGCCGCCGUUCAAGCUCCCCGUGGCCCUGCUGUCGACCGAGAGUACGAAGAAUCAGAAGAUGGCCUGAACUGGCUGCAGUCCUCGCAAACGGCGUCCCAAAAUGACCUAGCAACAGCCCCCCGGUAUGAUUCUGCUUCGAAGGGCCCUGUAAAUACGAGCGUAGACCGCCGUGCGCUGGGGACGACUGCGGCCGGUCGAGCUGGUCCUGCGAACCAGGGCCUCGCGAUGCAGCCCGCAUCUGCGAGCAUGGAGCCCCGUUACGAAGACGCGAAUGGGUAUCAGGAGAAAGGUUCACGGCCCACGUCAGCCAACUCGAUGCCGCUGAGCCAGGUCGCCUCCGGUCAGGAGCUGCCGCACCGCCCAACCAGCUCGCCGGCACAGGGCCCCGACCACGCCCCCCACUCCCAGUCGUACAUGGACGUCCUCCAGAUGCUCAAGGACGGCAAGCCGAUCCCGGGCAUCCGCGACAUCGAUGACAAGCCUCCAAACCCCAACCAGCCCCCGACCGACCCCAAGCUCAAGCCCCGCGCCAAGCCCUGGGAGAAGGGCUUCCAGCAGGUGUCGGAGAAGCCAGCCAAUGGGGAGGCACCCCCGCCGUUCAACAUUACCAACUCCAGAAGCGCCGCAUCUCCUGCCCCGGUCUAUUCUUCUGAUGGACAGGCCCCUUGGUGGCGGAAAGCACAACCCCUCUCGCAGCCCGGGGUCAGCGGUCCGCCGCAAGGGCAGGACGGGUACCCUCCGAGGAGCACGGCGAGCGGGGCUGAGAGCGAGAGUUUUGUGCACCCUGCGCUUGCCGGCGACAUCGACCCCCCUCGGCCCCAGGCGGUGCAGUCUGAGUUGGCAUCAGGAAGCGCCCCCGCAGACCCGUCCUCCGGCCCGAGGAUCACGGAAGUGCACAGCGAACCAGUGGAGGCGCAGGCCGUCGAGGCGCAGCCGGGGCCCAGCAGCAGCAGAAGCACGUCCGGCGCAGGGGGGUCGCAGGGAACCGAGAGGCCGGGGCUGGGGACUGGCGUGCCAGCUGUCCCUUCGAAGCCAGCCUGGCGCCCUCCGGCCGUGCCCGGUUUUGCCAUGCCAAGCGCUGCGGAGGCCAUCAAGGGCAAGGGCAAGGUGGUGCCUGUGACGCCAAUGGCGUCAAAUGGGCACCGAGAGGUGCGAGCGGCGGCUACUGGGGAGGGUCAGGGGGAGGGUUCAAGUCAGAGUGGGAGCGUGGAAGGCACGGAUGACAGAUUCGAGAAAAGCUAUGCAGGUGUGGUUCAGGCCGGAGGCGGCAGCCAGGAGAACGAAGGGAUGGAGGCCGGUGGAAAUGCGGAAUGAUGUUGAGAUGCUUGUUGGCUGGUUGACAGUUAACUUUGGAGUUAAGGGACUGAAGCUACUUGCAUCAUCAUAGAAGGCACAGGUAGCAUGUCAGGAGACACGGCGUGUACUCAGCCACUAUGUACAGUCGAAGUGCAUUGGUUCACUGUCUUGGACGUCGCCUAGGCCAUUUCUUUUGCUCGACAUCUUGGGAAGUGUUUGCAGACAUGGUUAUAGUUGUUGCCGGCAUAUCGACAUUGACAAUCUGGGACGAGGAAGCGUUUGAAUAGAGUCGGAUCUGACGAAUCAUGGUGGCAGCUUUAAAAUGCAUGAUCC